UUAUCCUAUUAUUAUACGAAUUGCACCCCAGUUUUCGAUCAAGCUGAAGUUGUCCUUAAGCUGCAGAGAGGCUGGCUCAACUGUCGCUGCCGAGUCAGGGUUGUGAAGAUGUCCUGUUGAUUCCGGAUGUCUCUUAAAUGGUGGAUCCCAGCGUCUUCAGUUCGGUCCCUGGAAAAAGAAAAAAGAUCAUUCCCUCCAGUCCCCGUUGACCUCAUUCUUGUCAGAAUGUAUAGCAUCGUCGAAUUUUUGGGGGAAAGGACUGUUGGCAUAGUGGCCAGUAAUUGGAUUAUAAAAGAGGGAGAUGUAAGUACAUGCGAAAAACCUUUAUGUCAAUCAUUUCAAAAAUUCUAUGCAAGUUCUGCAAAACUAUUUUGUUUUCCAUUUCAGAAGACAUGCAGCUACUGGCCACUCCACAAGCCCACACAGAGGGCAAAGGACAAAGAUUUGCCCGAUCCUAAAACCUGGCUAAAAAGGCCAAUAAAAAUAUUUUCCUCAACAGAUGAUUGGGAUCAGGCCGUCAGGAGGAACAAGAGGGCGGAGACAAAGUCCUGUGUGGAGACAGGAAAUGAGGACACAGGGAGGCGCAUCAUAGUCAAACCCCAAAAAUUUAUUCACACCGGUGAAAAGAAAACAAAGAAACGAAAUGGGAAAAAGGCAGGACAAGGUCCCUAUUUCAGGACUUCCCUUCCUCCUCCACCCCAGAUAGAAUCCCCCAUUCCACGGCGUAGCGCACUACAAAUAUCUUCACCCCCUGUGACUGAUGACGAUUACUCCCCUCCUUCACCGGCAAGAGACGUUUUUACAGAAAAUGAUGAUGAUUCGAUUGCGUCUUCAUUUGAAACGCCAUUGCCUAUCUCUACUGGGGACGGUGACCGAAGAGAGAGAGAAACCAUACCAAUCUGGGCAAAGAAUAUCAACGCGACAUUGGAGGUUCUGCUCCGAAGGCUUGAGACUGUUGAGCAGAAUCAGAGAGAGGCUCUAUUAUUGCUACGGGCAAAUCGACAUGGGGACCCUGGGGAAGCUAGUGUCGAGUUACUGCAGGCGCAAACUCAGGCCGAACUACAGGAACUCGAGGAGCACCUUAAAAAUAGAGAUUUCACAAAAAAAAUGAUUUCCCAUCUGAGCCUAGUUGGGGGGUCCAAUCCUGGGGAGUGUGUGAGGAGGGUGUUGCGCUCUGUGGCCUCAAACUUUGUUUGGAGCAGCUACAGCCUUAGGGGAAAGAAGGGGAAGAUGCCACUGCUUGGCACAGCAGUGGGCAGUACCAUCAAACAGGCGAUCAUGAAAUGGAAGCCGGGGCUGGAAGAGAAGGAGGUGGAGCUUCUGAUGGCAGAGGUCUUGAAACAUGCCCCCUCAGCCCACUCCAAAAGUUUGAAGGGUCGGAUGGAACGGCAGGCGGAAGAACAUCCCCAAAAUUGAAUUCAAAAUUAUUUGAAAUAAAAAUAUAAUAAAUUGAUAUUUGUUAGUGUACUGUCUUGUCUUUUGAAUAGGCUUGGGGUCCACAUUAGCAACAGCCACCAGCCAAAAUGUAGGUAAAAUAUUUAUGUGGCUUGUAGAUUUCAGACUAGAUUUUGUGGGUUCUAUAAAGGGCAAAUGAGGACUGCACCAUGCAGAUCCGCCCUAACGUCCUUGCAACGUUAUGGCAACCUUUUUGAAGAAGGUUGCAUAAAUGUCGCCAGUAUGUAUUUUGGUUGCCACGACGUCGCCAGGACGUGGCAGUUACGGACGAGCAACGUCGCCAAGAACGUCCUUGCAACGUUAUGGCAACGUUAUGGCAACCUUUUUGAAGAAGGUUGCAUAAAUGUCGCCAGUAUGUAUUUUGGUUGCCACGACGUCGCCAGGACGUGGCAGUUACGGACGAGCAACGUCGCCAAGAUACAUUGCGGCAACGUGAUCGCGUCUUUCACCCGCACGUCGCGGCAACGUUGAAACUUACGUUGCGGCAACCUAUGUUUGGUCAUAAAGUUACGUAACCGCGACGUCGCGGCGACGUAACUGCGUUAGCU